UUGUUACAGGUGGUUCCCUUUUGAAGUAUUGGAACCAAACAAAGAAAAUCUUGAUGUCUUCUCUUCGUUACUGUUUGUUUCAUAGAAAUUACUCGUCAAUAAGAAGAAUGUGUGUUGGAUUGAUGUGUAUAUAAGCUAAACAUUCCUUCGUGCAGGGGAAGGCAAUAUCACCAAGAUGGCAGAUGGGAUGCUCUCAUUAUCAUGGAACAAUCACAGCAGUACAUUUUGUCAUAUGCUUUCACAGCUAAGACAUAAGGAAAAGUAUUCAGAUGCAACUGUGGCAUGUGAAGGCAGAUUUUACCCAGUACAUAAAUUGGUGCUAUCAACUUGCAGCCAGUAUUUUGAAGACAUGUUUGAACAUGUAAUUGGGAAACAUCCAAUUGUUUUAUUGCAUGAUGUACGGCGUGAUGAACUAGAAGCUCUUCUAAGUUACAUGUAUGCUGGUAUAGUAAGUGUUGCUCAGAGGGAUUUGGCUCGUCUUAUUAAAGUUGCUGAGUUACUGCAAAUUAAGGGCUUGGCUGUUCCAGACGAAAUACCUACAGAUAAAAAAAAUGUAAGGAAUAACCUCAGCCUAAGCAGUGAGAGAACUAGUCCACGGCCAAAAGUGGCACAUGGGGUAGAAUCUAGUGAUGAUAGAACCAGUCCACAUCCAAAGAGAAGAAGAAGAGAAGAUAAUGCAAUGCCAUCUCAAGGGGGAUCAUCUCCUAUACGUGUUCCAGAUUCUCCAAGACCAUCUUCACACACGAAGGAUAGUAAUCAAAUGCAAGAAGAUUCGGAAAUUAAGUAUGAGAUGCAAGAAGAAAAUAUAGAGAAUGUGAACCCAAGAGUGGAAAUUGUGGAACAGAGUACUUGUGAUAUAAGGGACCACACAGAGAGAACUAACACAAGCAAAACUGAACAGAGAGGUGAACACCAAGUUAACCAGAGACUUCAGCAUCAACCUGGCUCCCAAGAACCCUCAGGCAAUCAAUAUAAGGAUGGUACAGAUGAUGCCAUAGUCAUUAAGGAAGAGACAUGGGAGGAUCCAGGAGAUAACCAGAUUAAUUCUAUGACUACUAGUUUGGGUUUUGGCCCCUCUUCUGAUGAAAUGUCAUCUAGUGCCAUUGAUGGAGCUCAAGAAGACCAUGCCAAGUUAUUGUUAUCCAAGGAGUAUGAGAGCCAUUUACCACAAGCUCUGCCUGAAGUGGUUGUUGAAGCACUAGCUGGGCCCUCAGGCAUGCAUGAGUGGCUAGGUGGAGGAGACUUUACUGCAGGGUUAGCUGGAGUUGAAAAUUAUAGUGGGGAAGGUAGCCCACCCACUGCUGACCAUCCACUGCAGCAUCAGUUGGACAGUGAUAAAGCAGGUGUGGGAGCUACUGGAUCCAGGUCAAGUCAAACUUCUGCUACCAAGUUGCACCAGUGUCCCUACUGUCCAUACGACACUUACAGGAAAGACCACUUAAAGAUACACAUUCGCACCCAUACGGGAGAGAGACCAUAUGCAUGCCAUUAUUGUCCUUCUCGAUUUAUUCAAACAAAUGCUCUUCGUAAACACCUGCUCACUCACAAUAGGGCAAAAUUAAAACAUCAUUGUAUGUAUUGUACAUAUUCAACUUCCAAGAAACGUGCUUUAAUUCUUCAUUUGCACAAUCACACUGAAAGCAAGUAAUAUUCUUGCAAAUACUGUACUCUUCAGUUCUUUCACAUUAGUACUCUUCAGACUCUCAUUCAUAUCCAUACUAAAGACAAACUUUGUUCAUUGUAUCAUCAGAUUUUUAAGGAUCAUAAAACUAGUAUCUCAUAUGUUUAAUUAAAUAGAGUACAUAUUAAAUUUAAUGGCAGUGUAGUAGUGAUUAUUAUUUAUUGUAUUUUGUAGCCUAUAAAAUGUUACCCGGUUAGAUGUAUAUCUGGAAAAAGUAAGCAUUUCACAUUUAUUUUUCUCAAUAUUUAUUUUAUAUCUUUACUGGAGAAAAUAUUUAUUUUACUAUUAACAAUUAAUAUAUUAUUUUAAUGUUAUAGUAAAAAUGGCUUUGAAAUAUUGUGCAAAGUGGAAAAUGACUUCAUUUAUCCUCAUCCUCUUUAAUACUUAUUUAUUCAACAAAUUUUGUCAAUGCUGUUAUGCAUAGCACAUAGUGUGUCUAGCUAAAUACAUCAUCUGCAGUUAUUUGUUUUAUAGGAUGUAUCGUACCAAUUUUCUUUUUUGCUUCAUUGAUUUUCAACUUCAGAACAUGGCAUAUUAUAGUCCUCACAAGGAAAAAAUGCUAAGUCAUUACUAAAGUAAAAAAAUAGAAUAAGUCUACUGGUAGGUUUGUGAUGCAUUAUAACACGUGUAAAGACUUCACCGUAAAGAUUUAUACUCAUUAACAAUUUACGAUUGUAUUACAGUACAGGUACCUGUAAAAGGCAUUAUAGUGGUUAGAUUUAGGUACCUGUUUGUGUGUUAAUAUAUUGGUGUAGUGACUAGUAACCAAAUUAAAUAGUAAAAUAAUAUGCAGAUGCCAGCUUUAGUACAGGAUCAUGUAUGGGCGACUCCUGACUUGUGCCUCUCUGUUCAUUGCAUUUAUGACCAUUUAUUUCCUGAUAAGAUAGCCCUUAAAAAUCUAAUUUUCACAGGAUCAAAACUUCCAUUUGUAACAUUGUGCUCAUGGGCAAUAACAGUUCAUCGCAACAGCAUGGCUAGCAAAGGUUCUCCCAGAACCGACUAGGUCGCUAACGUAGGGGUCGCCUCUACAGGCAUUUUUCAUGUUAUCAUUUUCACAUUAUUUCUAUUCAUCUUAGGAAUCAGAAUAAAGGAAAUACUUUUGCAAAGAGGAAAUGUAACAUAAUCUGUAAUUUUAUUUUAAUGUUUAAUAUUUAAAAAGUACAUAAAGGCAAUUAAGUAAAACUGCCAGAAAACCCAGAGGCCAGCUGGAAAUCUUAAGUAUGAUUUGGCUAACAUUAUUUCCACAGUAGCCACUGUAAUGUUAAUCAUUAACAAAUAAUGAGUAAGUGGAAACAAGCUUUUUUUAUAUAGGAUUUAAUGUGCUAUUGGAGUGUGAGCAAGGUAAUGCUUAUGAAAGGAUUUGGACAUGAGUCCUGGUGGUGGGAAACAUCUCUGAAGGAAGUGUAGGGAUGUAGUAGUUUAGAGGGCUGUUUGAAUUGUGAUGUUCAUAUACUUCUAUCAAGAUGACUGUUGAAUGAAUGUUGGGGAAUUUGUUUCCUGGUCAUCUUACCCUGAAGGGAGAUGGCCAGUGUUGUUAAAAAAAAAUAUACUAAAAGUAUCAUAAGAUAGUACAGGUAAUAACUGCAUAUUUUAAUGAAAACCCAUUUUAAUAAGAGAAAUAAUAUUACAAACACACACAUUAAGGUCAGUUUGGGUAUACACUGUGGUUCAGUUUCUGGGGCAUUUUUAUGUCCUAUAAUAUACCUGAUAUUUGCAAAUCUAUGGAAAUUUUUAUGUUUAAGUUUUAAUCGUAAGUAAGAGCAUAAACUGAUGCCCCCCCCCCCAGAGCAUAAACUGAUGCCCCCCCCCCCAGAGCAUAAACUGAUGCCCCCCCCAGAGCAUAAACUGAUGCCCCCCCCAGAGCAUAAACUGAUGCCCCCCCAGAGCAUAAAGUGAUGCCCCCCCAGAGCAUAAACUGAUGCCCCCCCCAGAGCAAUAAACUGAUGCCCCCCCCCCCUUUUUUUUUUUUAGGAUAGAAGGUUGUAUUAUAUAACAUUAAACUUACGCUUGUGGUGUCUGCUCUAGAUUUCCACUCGUGGCACAGACUACCUUGGGUUUCCAUUGGUUGUGGUUCAGACUGCCUUAAAUUUCCAGUGGUAGUACAGACUACCUUAAAUUUCCAGUGGUAGCACAGACUACUUUAAAUUUCCAAUGGUUGUAGCUCUAAUUACCUUAAUUAUGUAGUGGUUGUAUCACAGACUACCUUAGAUUUUUAGUGGUUCUAGCACAGACUAUAGUACUUUAAAUUUCCUAUGGGUGUAUCACAUUUAAGCUUUAUCAGUCCAUUCCAUCCAUCUACCACUAUUUGAAAAGAAGUACUGUACUUGCUAUUGUGUUUUUUCUACAUCUCAUUAUACUAAUUUGAAAUUGUGUCCCUCCUCCCCUUUGUUCUCCCUGUUGGUAAUUCAAUAAAAGCUUCCUUAAUUGAACUUUCAUAUCCUUCUACAGUAUUUUUAAGAGAUUGUCUUCUAUCUUUCAAGGGCAGUGGGAAACCUUCAAGUUGUUGGUUUAGCUCUGAAUGACCUAUGUAAGUUUAGCACUUCAUUGUAAAUGCUCUGAAGGAGGGAUGGGGAUGUUGCAAUAUUGGUAUUGAAUUAAUGAUGGUGAAUGUAUUUUUUUUUUUUUUUUGUCACCUUUGGUGGGAGGUGGGCAUUUUGUCUAAAAAAAAAAUGGUGUUUUAUAAGAGAUUCUAGAAAUAAACUGAACAACUUUUGACACUGGAACUGAAAAACAGCAAAAUCAGUAUAAUCUGUGCAUAAGUUGAUAAAAUCAAAUAAAUUUUUGCAAAGGUAGAGGCAGGUUAGCAAUCAGUGGAGGGGAAGGGGGGGAAGAAUUACUGUCUUUUAGUUGCAGCAUAUUAACCUUUAAACGGUCCAAACAUAUAUAUACGUUCUCUCGCUUAGGGCCCCAAACGUAUAUAUACGUUUCAUUUGGCAUUCAUUCAACAUUGGCAAGAUAGGCCUGAGUCACCUAGACAUGAGAGAAUGUGUGUGUGCACUCAUUGUGCGCCAUAUGAAAAAAAUUGGAGACGUCUGGGUACCACUUGUUCUUUUUCCCUAUAAAAAAAAAAACUUUUUUUUCUCAAAAUAUUCGGGGCGCUGCACAGGUGAACUUAUAUAUACGUUUGGACCAUUUAAGGGUUAAUCUCACAACAGUGGGAGCUGGUAAAGGGGUUAGACAAUAACUCAGUGGUAGAGUAUAUUAACCCUUUCAAGUUUCGGCCGUACUAGUAAGGCUUACGCCCCAGGGUUUUUGACAUACUAGUACGCCUAAAUUCUAGCUCUCUCAAAUCUAGUGAGAGAAAGCUGGUAGGCCUACAUACGAAAGAAUGGGUCUAUGUGGUCAGUGUGCGCAGUACAGUGGACCCCCGCAUAACGAUUACCUCCGAAUGCGACCAAUUAUGUAAGUGUAUUUAUGUAAGUGCGUUUGUACGUGUAUGUUUGGGGGUCUGAAAUGGACUAAUCUACUUCACAAUAUUCCUUAUGGGAAUAAAUUCGGUCAGUACUGGCACCUGAACAUACUUAUGGAGUGAAAAAAUAUCGUUAACCGGGGGUCCACUGUAUAAAAAAAAUCCUGCAGCACACAGUGCGUAAUGAGAAAAAAAAAACUUUGACCGUGUUUUUGGAUUAAAACAGCGACUUUGCACUGUAUUUUCGUAUGGUAUUUAUUGUUGUAUUCUAGUUUUCCUCGUCUCAUUUUAUAGAAUGGAAGAUAUAUUACAGAAAUUGAGAUGAUUUGGACUGGUUUUACAACGAAAAGUACCUUGAAAUUGAGCUCAAAGUAGCAGAAAUGUUCGAUUUUUACCAAAGUUCAAAAGUAAACAAAUCAUGCCAAAUGUGAGUCUAAUAUUCUUUCACAAGUGCGCUGAUAUUAUUUAUACCAUUUUUACACUAAUGCAGUAGUCUGCAUAACAGUAAAUCUUCUAUUUUUUGUAAGAAUAAAAAUUCAAAGUGGAAAGCCAAAGAAAUAUAAGAGGGGCCUGGGGAUGUGACUAACGAACAGAGAACUUGUUAUUUUAGUGCCAGGAAUGUCUUUCUUGUUUAUUCUGGACCCUAUUCGGAAAUUGGCAUCUUUUGAAAUUUGUGUGAAAUUGGCAAAAUUGCUAAAUUCUGACCACUUUAUUGGAUAGUUGAAAUCGGUAAAUGGGUGGUUUCUUGUACUCAUUCGAUAGAAAAAAUGGAAUUCUAGCGAAAUAGUUAUGAUUUUUGUCAACUAGUACACUGGACUUGACUGAAAAUAGGGCUCAAAGUGGGCAAAAUCGCCAAUGCGUGAACAUCGUCGAGACCGCUAACUUCGCGAGAGCAUAAUUCCGUAAGUUUUCUAUCAGAUUUCAUACUUUUGGUGUCAUUAUGAUCGGGAAAAGAUUCUCUAUCUUUUCACAAGAAAAAGUAAUUUUUUUUUUUUUAAUUUGGGACCCUGAGAACAAGUCUGGGAGAGGGCCUGGGGACCCUGAAAGGGUUAACAUUACAUAAAUAAGACACCUUAUGGGUUAUGGCAUUUUAUUGUGAAGAUGUUUCAUCCAACAGAGACUUUUAUUAAUUGAUCAAGUCCCUGCUGGACAAAACAUCUUCACAAUAAAACUCCAUAACCUGCAUUGUGUGUUUUAUUUACAUACACAAGGGGUGAGGCUUCCAGUUUUCUUAAUAUUCUUUUACCUUUGUUCCUAAUGUUGUCUAGUAAAUCACUGGAGGGUCUGAAGAUGUGCACCACCAUCAGUACUUAGCAUUUUCACACUAUCACUGUCUUGCCCGAGGCAUGCAGAUACAAAAAUUCAGAUGUCCCUCUAAACAACAAAUGUCCCUUUAGAGCACAGGCACUGUACUUCCCACUUCCAGGACUCAAAUCUGGCUAACCAGUUUCCCUGAAUCCCUUCACAAAAUAUUACCUUGCUCACACUCCAACAGCUCGUCAGGUUUCAAAAACCAUUUGUCUUCACUCCUAUCUAACACGCUCACUAAUUUAUGUUUGUGAGACUCAAGUCUUCAAUUCUUGCCCUGCCAUAUGAAUAAUAAAGCUUUGUUGUUCAGCAUUGUUGAUUUCAGGCCACUUUAGCAUUAUUAUACCUGCCAUUAAAACUUUACUACCCAAAGAUUGAAAGUAUUUUCUGACAUCCCUGUGACUCAUAAACUUCCUCUGAAAGAAGCUCCUUUAUAUAUGUGGUGGGGCAUUAUAGUUUUUGUUGUUGACUGUGCCGAAUUUGCUUCAGCCUCCCUUGGGGUGGCCUUCAUAUGUAAAGGCUAAACUAAGGACUUUCCAUUGCAUUUACUAUACUGUGGUGUCCUUGGGUGGGUAACACAUCUUUGGUGGGGAAUAGAGGUCAAACAGGAGGCUACUGAAUCAGUUAGUUGGUCUUGCAAUGCUUUCCUCUCUCCAGUGGGCAGUUUAUUUUUUGGCCAGUACGUAGCAGUUAUUGAGGAGGCUUUUUUUUUUCCCUCUCCCUGUGACUGCUAUUAGGUGCUUUGUUGAUCUCUCACAUAUUCCUCUUCCUUAGCCCUGAGGUCAUUGUUUUAGUAAUAUGUAAGGCUUCCCUUGCUAGACAUGAUGGUGGGUGGGAAAGUGGGGAGCUAAUGUUUAAUUUUUAUUGCUUUAGUACCCCUCAAGGGAAAUCAGUGAGGGCGCUCUAGAUCUAUGAUACCGGACUUAGCCUCCCUUCCUUGAAUUGACCCUGAAUGCCUUCCAUUUCCCAGGCACUGUAUGACCCUAUGAGUUUAAUGCUUACCUUCUGAUUAACCCUUUGACUGUCGCGGCCGUAUAUAUACGUCUUACGAGGUACCGUGUUUGACGUAUAUAUACUCAUAAAUUCUAGCGGCUUCAAAUCAAGCAGGAGAAAGCUGGUAGGCCCACAUGUGAGAGAAUGGGUCUGUGUGGUCAGUGUGCACCAUAUAAAAAAAAUCCUGGAGCAUGCAGUGCAUAAUGAGGAAAAAAAAAACUCCGAUCGUUUUUUUUUUAAUUAAAAUGCCGACUUUGUGGUCUAUUUUCAUAUAGCAUUUAUGGUUGUAUUCUCGUUUUCUUGGUCUCAUUUGAUAGAAUGGAAAAUAUAUUAUAGAAAUAGAGGUGAUUUUGAUUGAUUUUACUAUAAAAAGAACCUAGAAAUGGAGCUCAAAGUAGGGGAAAUGUUUGGCAAAAAUCAAUGUUCAAAAGUAAACAGAUGAUGCCAUUGUCCAAUAAAUGUCCAACUAGCCAUUCUAAUAUGCGGUCAUGAAUGGGUUGAUGUUAUUUAUACAAUUAUUACAGUAUUGCAGUAGUCUGCAUAAUAGUAGGUCUUCUAUUUUUUGUUUGAAUAAAAAUUCAAUAUAGAAAGCAAGAGUAAUAUCAGAGGAGCCUGGAAGACAUAACUGAUGAACAAAGAAAAUGUUAUUUUAGAGCCAGGAAUGUCUGCAUUGUUCAUUCUGGACCAUAUUUUGAAAUUGUCAUAUUUUUUAGUUUUCGUGAAAUUGGCCAAAUUGCAAAUUUCUGACCACAUUAUUAGGUAGUUGAAAUCGGUAAAUGGGCAGUUUCUUGUACUCAAUCGAUAGAAAAAAUGGAGUUCUAAAGAAAUAGCUAUGAGGUUGGGCGACUGGAACAAUGAAAUUAGCCGAAAAUAGGGCUCAAAGUGGGCGAAAUCGCCGAUUUGUAAACAGUGCCGAGGUCGCUAACUUCGCGAGAGCAUAAUUCCAUCAGUUUUCCGUCAAAUUUCGUUUUUUUGGUGUCAUUACAAUCGGGAAAAGAUUCUCUAUCAUUUCAUAAGAAAAAAUAAUUUUUUUUUUUAAUUUUGCGACACCAGGAGACACCUCAGGAUUGGGGGUUGCGACAGUCAAAGGGUUAAAAUAAAAAACUUUUAGGAGUAUAUAUUGUUAUUGAUUCUUCUACAUUGUCUCUGACUAUGGUUUUGGCACUCUUGACUCUCAACAGCAAUUUGCAAGUUUUCAGUGUGAUACCUAGCCACAUUCCUUUCACUCUGCAGUCAAGACAACUGUUGUUUCAGAUCUCAUUCCUCAUAUUUUAGACCUCUUCCAUUUCCUCUACAUGAGGUGAAUGGCUCACAACCGGAUUACAUACUUCACUACAGCCCAGUGAGCUUCAUGUGUGCUGUGCAGUUAUAAAAUCAGCUAGGCAGUCUUGGCAGCAGCUGACCUGAGAGUUACCAUCCCUAGCAUGCCCUCACUUUGCCUUUCCUUUGGAAAGCCCUGUCUUCAACUUAUACACUUUUUUUUACUGAAACUGCUUAACUUGGCUGGCUGCAAGUGCAUCAUCUCUCUCUCACUAGUAGUGCUUCAAGGAUCAAGCCUCCACCACUCCUCAUUCUGAGUGAUCCACACGAGUUUAGCACUUUAAAUAAAUACGUAUAAUAAUAAUUAUACCAUGAAGCUAGGCGUAUUAAUUUUUUUCUAAAAAUAUAUUAUUCCUCUAUUUUUAUUAUUUGACUGAGACUGACUUGUUAUACCAACUCUGACUUUCCUUAUUAGCUUAUAAUCGUGCCAUUCAUACAUAUCCUUUUGCCGAUAUCCUCCCUCAGCCUUGUAGUGCAAUAGCUACCCACCUUCGCACCCGUUGGCAACAGCGUUGGUCAACUCUGCUCGGUAACAAACUUCAUUCUAUUAAACCGAGCAUAGGUUACUGGCCGUCUUCUUGUCAUCAGUGCCGAGGUUGGGAGACCACUCUCUCCCGCCUUCGCAUUGGCCACACUUGUCUUACUCAUGGGUAUCUCAUGGAGAGGCACCCUAUUCCUCUCUGUGAGCAGUGUCAAGUUCCAGUAUCGAUUAGCCACAUUCUGUUAGACUGCCCUCUCUAUCAACGAGCACGCAGAAUUUACCUCCAACGUUGUCUUCGUUCUACUACUUUCUCUUUACCUUCCCUUCUUGCUGAUGGACCCUCCUUUAAUCCUGACUCUCUCACUGACUUCUUGACAACGACUGAUUUACUCCACAAACUCUGAUGAUACUUUUCGCACUCCCCUCAGCCCUUUCUAGUUCAGUCUCUUGCUGCCCUUUACCCUUUCACAAUCCACUACCCCGCUGUUAUCCGUAACCUAUUACUCAUCCAUCUCCCUUUUGCCACCUGAUGCCCUCGCUUCCUUCCUGCCCUGCAGCGCUGUUUAGCCCUUGUGGCUUAGCGCUUCUUUUUUAUUAUAAUAAUAAUGUAGUGCUUUAUGGCCCAUAUAAGUUUGGCAUAUUUUGUGAAUAUAAUAAUAUGACUCGUGUCUUUUUAUCUUCCAUUAAUGUUUUCCCUAUUACUGGUCCUUCCAGUCCAGGCUGCCUCUCCUCUCAGCCUUGCAAUGCUUUAUGACCCUUGUGGGUUUGGCACAUUUUGAGUAGAACAGUGAUUAUAAAAAUAAUUAUCUCUAUUUAUGUUCCCUGUUCCUGGUCCUUCCAUUCAAGUAAGCCCCCUAUCUGCUUUAACAGUUUCUUAGAGUAUCUUGUAUGUCCUAAUCAUGAUUUCUCUAGUCCUUUGCCAGUGUAUGUAUGUAUGUUUAUAUGUAGUAUAUAUGUAUGUAUUUGGACUGUCAAAUACAGUGGACCCCCGGUUAACGAUAUUUUUUCAUUCCAGAAGUAUGUUCAGGUGCCAGUACUGACCGAAUUUGUUCCCAUAAGGAAUAUUGAGAGGUAGAUUAGUCCAUUUCAGACCCCCAAACAUACACGUACAAAUGCACUUACAUAAAUACACUUACAUAAUUGGUCGCAUUGGGAGGUGAUCGUUAUGCGGGGGUCCACUGUAUAUUGCAUUACUGCUGGUGUGUGUGUUUGUGUACAUAUGUAUGUAUUAAGACCAUAGAAUAUAUUGUAUUACUUUUAUAAUGGUCAUUUUCUCCAGAAGAGGCGUUAUAUCUGCAAAAAAGCUCACACUAAAUACGAUAUGCAUUAUACUGUACUAUUUUUGAGUACAGUACAUGUAUAACAGCAUUCUUAUAAGUCAUUGACAUUUUUAAUAAAGAAUAUGGGAGA